GUGCGUGUUGCUUCCGGCUGCUGGUUAAAUUGACAGAGUGCAGGCAGGGGGGUGGCUGCUUUUUGGGUUGAUUCAGGGAACACAAAAUGGACAGUCAAGGAAGAAAAGUCGUGGUUUGUGACAAUGGAACCGGGUUUGUCAAGUGCGGCUACGCGGGCUCCAACUUCCCCGAGCACAUUUUCCCGGCGCUGGUUGGACGACCAAUCAUCCGCUCCACAGCUAAAGUUGGCAACAUUGAAAUCAAGGACCUGAUGGUGGGGGAUGAGGCCAGCGAGCUGCGCUCCAUGUUGGAGGUGAACUACCCCAUGGAGAACGGUAUCGUCAGGAACUGGGACGACAUGAAGCACCUCUGGGACUACACCUUCGGCCCGGAGAAACUCAACGUCAACUCGCAUGACUGCAAGAUCCUUCUGACCGAGCCGCCCAUGAACCCCACCAAGAACAGGGAGAAGAUCAUCGAGGUGAUGUUUGAAACGUACCAGUUCUCAGGAGUUUACAUCGCCAUCCAGGCCGUCCUCACUCUCUACGCUCAAGGUCUGCUUACCGGCGUGGUGGUCGACUCUGGCGACGGCGUCACUCACAUCUGUCCGGUUUACGAGGGCUUCUCGCUGCCCCACCUGACGCGACGUCUCGACAUCGCAGGGAGGGACAUAACCCGCUACCUCAUCAAGCUGCUGCUGCUGCGCGGUUACGCCUUCAACCACUCUGCGGACUUUGAGACGGUGAGGAUGAUGAAGGAGAAGCUGUGCUACGUGGGCUACAACAUCGAGCAGGAGCAGAAGCUGGCGCUGGAGACGACGGUGCUGGUGGAGUCGUACACGCUGCCAGACGGCAGGUUGAUCAAGGUGGGAGGGGAGAGGUUCGAGGCCCCAGAGGCUUUGUUCCAGCCCCACCUCAUCAACGUGGAGGGGGUGGGUGUGGCCGAGCUGCUGUUCAACACCAUCCAGGCCGCAGAUAUCGACACCAGGUCCGAGUUCUACAAGCACAUCGUCCUGUCCGGAGGCUCCACCAUGUACCCCGGCCUGCCGUCCCGCCUGGAGCGCGAGCUGAAGCAGCUGUACCUGGAGCGGGUGCUGAAGGGAGACGUCGACAAGCUGUCGAAAUUCAAGAUCAGGAUCGAGGACCCCCCCCGGCGUAAACACAUGGUGUUCCUGGGCGGCGCCGUGCUGGCCGACAUCAUGAAGGACAAGGACAACUUCUGGAUGACGCGGGAGGAGUACCAGGAGAAAGGCACCCGGGUGCUGGAGAAGCUGGGAGUCACCGUCAGAUAAAACGCAAACAAACAAACUUUCCUCGCCCCCCCCCCCCCCCCCCCCCCUCUCUCUCGUCUGAUAUCCAUGCACCGCUUGCCUCGACGUGUCCGGGUGGUCGCGCUGUGUCGUCGAUUCACGCUCAAUUUGAAAAGC